AUGAAGUGUGGAAAGAACAGGAAAGAGAAGCCUAUAGCUUUAAAGAUGCCAGGGAAUAGCUAUGGUUUCGUAUUUGAUGCAUAUCAAAAGAAAGAUCAUGACCUUGUCAAAUCAGAUGAGGAAUUGACUCUAUCAGGAAGUACACAUACUGAGGGACAACCACAAACAGAUUUUAUACAAACUCUUUGGGGUUCUAUUUCAUGCCCUAUACUGGAUCAAUUUCAAUUAGAAAACCUAGAGAGUUGUUAUAGGUUUUCACCUCUACAGCCUGGGGAAGAGAUUGUUGAUGCAUUUUCUACAAGAGAAAGUGGAGUUCCUCCUGAUGCAAGCCAUCACAAGGACCAGGCUGGCAGUGGUGAAAAUAAAAGGACAAUGACUCUUGGUUUCUGCACAUCUGCUUUAUCUACAUCUGAAAGAAAGAAAAACUUCAAGCAAUUUUCAGACACAAAAAUUUCAGUGAAUCCCAAAUGUAGAAUUAAGAAGGCAAAGAAACCAUCAAUUUCAUAUAUACUCAAUAUCAAGGGUGGUACUAAACCAAAUCAUAGAAAGAAAAUGGUAUGUGACUUGACCAAAAUGAAAGAUAAAAAAGUGGCAGAUAAAAUGUACUCUUCAACAAUGUACACAAGUGAUAUCAAGAUAAACAGCAAUAUAGAAACAGAGGAAGGCACACCAAAAGAAAAAAGACUCAGUUCUACACAAGUAAAGCAAGAGAUAGUACCAUGUGAUGGGAAUAUUACUUCAGAUGACAUCAAAGAAAGCAAUCUUCAAGAUGAAGAAGAAGAAGAAGAAGAAAGUGAGGAGGCAUUGUUAAAAGUAAUUCCACCAUAUAGGCAACACUUUGUAUUCUGCUCAGGUCAAAGGAAUGAUCUUAACUUUUACAAAUCAGGAAACCAAAGAAGUAGAAAAAUUCUGUUUGUUUCAGAACAAGAGGUCCCACUACAGAUUCAACCUGCUGAUGUAGUACAGGAAGAAUUGCUGAAGAAAAGCCUCCAAGCACAAAAUGGCACAAUAUAUACAAGUUCAAAGCUUGCUCCUUUAAAAUCAAAGAAACCACAAAUGGAUGAAAUUUUAAUUGGUACAACAGAAUGUGAUGUACUGCCUGAUGAAAAUCAUACAGGGGUACCGUACAGUUGGGAAGAAGCAGAAAAGGCAGAGCUUAAAAAUGAUCUACAAGCAACUAUUCUGGAAUUUUUGAAUGUUUCCAAACCUAAUCUACCUAAAUCUAAUAAGCAGAAAAAGAUAUUUAUUUGUAAAGCCUUAAAAAGUAAAAUGAGUCCCACAUGUAUAAUUAUGAAGGCCAGGAAGCCAUCAGUUUCAAAGAUAUUAAAUAUUCCACAAUGUCGUCAAAAAAGUCUACCUCCAAAGACCUUGAAAUCACAGAUGGUUAAAAUUUUUACAUACUCUGGGGUCCUAUUUGAUGGGCUUUAUACAAUUGUACUGCAAGAUCCAAUAGCAAAGAAGCAGAAGGGAUUAGCACAAGAAUUACCAGCAGUCAUUCUGGAUUCUUUGGAUUUUUCCACCCUUCCUUUACCUGCAUCUAAAAGAGAGAGAGGCAAUUUAGAACUUAGGGACAAAGGACAUAAAAUGAGUCUCAAAUGUGGAACUUUGAAGGCAAAGAAGGCACCAAUCUCCCAGACAUUUAGUAUCAUAAGAUGUGGUAUGCCAAGCCUUAGAAGGCAAUUAAAAUGCAACUCCAAAACCAAGACGAAACAAGGUAAGCCUGUGGCAGACAUAUUCUUGAAUGUGAUUUCCUUUCCCAUGCCUGUGUCCCUUGAGAUGAAAACCUAUCAGAUAGGGAACAGAACAGAAGAGACAGGCAUGCCAUGGGGAACAAGAUUUGAUUAUGAGCUGCAACAAAGAGAGCAGUCAGCACGUGGAGAGAGAGCCCGGCAUGCACAUCCCAUUGAUAAGAGCACUACCUCAAAUGACACUGAGAAUGUAAAAGGCCAAGGUAGAGAAGAGGGCCCAUUCACUGUCCAGAACUUCAAUUCCAAUGCUCAUCAAAUGAAGGAGGCUAAGUUUGUGAAAUCAGGUCUAAAACUGAAGAACUCAGCAACCCAUCCAGAGUUAGAGAAAUCACGUCGUGAUAGGGAAGCACAGAAGGCUAAUUUGAACAAUAUACAAAACAGUCCUAACAAUGCAAUGAAAAUGAACAUGCAACAGGAAAAGAUAGAGAAAACUAUCCCAAGAACGUUCUCAAAACUAUCCCAAGAAUCAGUUCCACACUAUAGCCCACACUUCAGUUUCUGUGCACAGCAAAUGAAAAAUCUUAACCCUUGCAAAUCAGAAUCCAAUCUGAAGAAUUCAAAAGGCAGAAGGACUUGGAAUUUACCUUGCACAGCACAAGAAACAUACCUUAGAAAAACAAUUUUAGAGCCUGUUUUAAGACAGUUGGUGAAUUUUCUUCAAGUUGAAACAGUGGGAAAACUCCCUCAGAUUCAGGAAAUAAUAAAGAGUAAUGUAGCUCUAGAGACUCAAUUUCCAAAACCAAAAGAAUCCGAGAUUGGCUCAAUACCAUGUGAUAUGCCUGGGGAUGGAAAUCCUAGAAGGAAAUGGAACGGUCCCAUUUCUGAAAAAAGGGCACUGAAUCAAAAGGACCCAAGAAUAGCUUUAAAACCUUUAACUUUCUCCAGCCUUGUGUCACCAGAAUCUAAAAGUGAGAGCUACACAAUAGAGUUCAUAAGCAAAAAAACUCUGAGUCCCAAGCAUGUAACUUUAAAGGCAAAGCAACCACCAAUUUCAAAGUUGCUUGAUAUUGCAAGUUAUCCUACAGGAAACCGUAAAAAGAAAAAGCAGCAUAACGUUAAGUACCAGAUGGGAGAGAUGCAAAGGCAUGUAAGAGUAGGAGAGGCAUUACUUAGUACCAUUGAAGGUGCUAAGAGUCCAUUACCCAAAUUAAUGAUUGAUGAACAACCAUUUGAUACAGCAAGGGGCACUCCAUCUAACAGAACACAUCAAAAAACUCUGGGUGGUCAUAUGACAAAAGAAAAGGGAGAGUUACAAGAAAACUUAGCCACAACUUUCUUGGGAUCUUCAGAUAUUUUCAUGCCUGUUUUACCUGACGCCAAAAGCCAGGUAAACAUAGUACAGUUAUCAGAAAAUGAAAUUAUAUUGAAUCACAAAUGUUUAACUGUGAAGGAAAAGAAGCCUUUGAUCUCACAGAUACUUAAAAUCAAUGGACACUUUACCACAAAACAUAGAAAGAAAUUUGCAUCUAAUUUAAGAACUAAAAUGAAAGUAAUGUGGCAAGUUAAAAAUAUGACUGAUACAUUUCUUAAUACCAUUUACUUCACAUCAGUUAUCUCUGACAUUAAAAAGCAAAAUAAAUAUAAAAUAGAGAUAGGACUCUCAAGUACAGAAAAAUCACAUAUUCAUGCAGAACUCAGUGAGCCAACAGGUGAUGGCAUAUCUAAUAAAUAUACGAAGAAAAUUAACCAUUCUGCUGUAAAAGAAAAAUCUCCAUACCAUUUGGCAGGAAUUAUAGAUCCUGUUGGUAGGCAAUUACCUACUUCAGAAGAAAUUAAAAAUCAAAUCAAUAGUAUAAAAAUACAUGACAUGUCAAGUGCCAAAUGUAUACUUUCACAGGGAAAGCAAUCAGUUUCACAAUCACUUAAUGCUGUGGGUUAUGCUUCUGCAAGCAUUAAUGAGAAAUGGAACUCUAAGUCCCCAAAGAUAAAAACAGUGAAACAUAAACCUGUGUUAAAUGCUGACAUAAUAUCUGCACACACCUCUAUGCCUCUUCUACAAUGUAUAAAAAUGGAACAUUCACCUAGUACAUGGAAUACAUAUGAAGAAUUUGCUGAGAAAAGAAACACCCUAAGCAAAGCAAAAGUUAGGGAGGAAGAAUAUAAACAACAGGUCUUGUUUAGAACAGACUCAGGGAAUACCCAGCCAUUUGAGUUUGGAGCAGAACAAAUGAGAGUAACUGGUCCUUUCAAAUCAGAAGCACCUUUAAUCAAUACAGCAUGUCCCAAGAACAUCACUCCUCAGAAAACAGGUAUUUAUUUAAUAGAUCAAGAUGCAGAGAUAAAAGUUGGAGAAGAGGUUAGUUCAGAAUCUAGCUUUUUCUCUGAGAUAAAUCCUCUUCAAAAUGAAAAGCAGAAGAAGGAAUUUAAAACUGCAAGAUGGAGAACAAGAACAAAUUCCAAGACUCUUGCCCUGCAAAAGAAACAACCAGAGUCCUAUUUCUCAGACACUAUUUGCAGUUCUCCAUGUGCCUACCUAUCUAUGUAUCCUAAAAUUAUAAGACAUAAAGAUAUGGCAAGAACAGCUGAUGUGAAAAGCCCUGUGCAUACCAAACAGGUAAGACUGGAUGCAAAGAAAACACCAGUUUCCCAGUGGCUUGAAUGUGGAACCCAAAGAAACAAAAAGGAAUUGAGAUGUAACAUUAUAAAACAGAACAAAGAGUUACAGCAAGGUCCAGGUAAAAAUGUGGCAGGUUUAGUUCUGAGUAAUAUUUGUGAUUCUGGCUGUAUUACAUCUCUAAUUAAAGAGGUUAUAGUAGUGAAAAGGGAAAAAGACAAACUACAAAAGCCAAUACACAUUUUUCCACAGCUAAAGCUGAAGAAAUCACUCAUACCGAAAACAUUAUAUUCACAAUCCAUUGAUCAGAGUGCCAUAUCAAGUGUUAUCAGGAGACCAGAGAAAUGUGUCAUAGAGCAAAACAAAGAACAUCAGGUUGUUUUACUAGACAUUCUCCCACAAUAAGCUGGACCAUGUCAAAUCGAAAGUUGAGAAAUCAAUUUCAGUAUGCUCAAUACCCCGAGAAUUAGAACAUAUGCAGAAUCUGAAUUCCUUGUUGCACAAAGAGUAAAGCAAGGAAUUAUAGACAUUGCUAAACGUUCAGUUUCAAUUCUGCAGGGUACAGAAGAAUCAAAGGAAAAAGAUAUUUCAAGUUCAAAAGGAGAGAAUAUCUUUCUCACAGAGUUAGAUGCUUUUCAACAAAAGACUCAUAAGAAGCGAAAGUUGUUGAGACAAGAAGGCAAUUCCAUUACACACUGCAAGUCUGUCAUGCCCAUUAGGGGGCCCCUUCAUUUGGAAAACACAGGACAGGCAGCUAAGGAAGGAAAUGUGUAUAUUAACCCAAAAAGUAUUUCAGAUCUAUUGGGAAGAGGAUUAAAGAAAACUGAUAUCUUACUAGGUUCCAAAGGACAGAAAUUUUUUCAUACAAAUCUAGGAGGUCUGCAUAAAACAUGUGCAGCUCCGAGAGGAUAUGCAAAACCAGUUAACAGUCCUAGCAGCAUCCCAGAUUCUAUACCUUGCCACAUCAGAGACCCUUUCCAUUUAAAACAGGCAGUCAGUACAGCAAGGAAAGAAAGUGAUAGCAUCUCUGUAAAUGUCAAUGUAGAUCCAUGGAGAAAAAGGCAAUCAGAAUUAUCUAAUAGCCCAUUAAUAUCAAAUAGAAAGAAAAUGAACUUUUCCACAAAAUUGAGGUCAAAGCAACUAAAUAUUUGUAACCAGAACAAAAAAUAUAUUAUGGAAUGCAUUUUCUCUUGUAUAUUGCAUCAAAUUCAUAUUGAAAAUUCAAAGAAGCAAUUCUCAGCAAAAGCAGUAUUAAGUUCAAAAGUUUUGAACCCAAUGGUAAAGAAAGCAUCAAAUGAAGUUAGUAUUCCAGUGGAUCAACCUCCAUGUACAAAAAGAGUUAAUCUGCAUAUUAGAGGGAAAAAAGAACAUCAACAAGAAAGUAUAUGCAAGACUUCUCCAACCUGUAUUACUCAUUCUUUGAUGGAUAUAUGUCAGAUUACAUCACCCUGGGUAAAGAAAGCAUUAAAGGCAGUAGAUGAUCCAUGGUACCACACUACUAAUACAGAAAAGGUGGAACAGAAAGAAAAAUGUACAUAUAUGCCUCUUCCAAAGCCCACUUCUCACUCCAAAACAGAUACACUUCAAAUUAAUAUCCCAAUGCAACAAGUAAAAUUAGAUGCUUUAAAAGUUUUAAGGCAUGACUAUUCAACUUCACAUACUAAAAUACCACUAAAACAAAUGGAUGCAAUAGAUGGAUACGCUCAAAAAAGAAAAAAAGAACGAAAAGAGCAUCACCUGCCAAUUUCCUAUGACAACAUCAAGGAGCAUCUAUCUUACUCUCAAAAUUAUCCCUAUCUUCCACCACAUUUGAUGCCUCAGACAAAGGCAGCUUUAUCAGAAAUAAGUAAUGUGUCAAGCAGGAUAAAAGGACUACACUUAUUUUCUAAAGAUCAAAUAAGUAUGGAAUGGUUUAUGCCCUCAAUUACACCAAUACAAAUGAAAAAACAAAAUAGAACAUUGCAUGUAGAAGCAUUUGGAAAAAGUACAAAAUAUCAGAAUCUUUUAUUUUCAAAAGGAAAUCAGUCAUCACAUGGGGCACAGGUAUUUGAGUCACUAUCACAAGGUAACUCACUCAGACUAAGGAUCAGGAAUAAGGUAGAAUUAUACAAGGCAAAGCAAAAGAGACAAAUAGAAGCAUGCCAACCUACAACGCUUUUUCAUUCUUUCUCUGUAUUUGUGCAUCUUUUGCAUGAAAAUAAGAGACAGAAGGGUAGCAAAAAACAAGCAGUUAUGAAAGGCGAAACAUGCCCCCAAAGAGGAACUCUAAAAUGGAAGAAGGCAGUAUUUUCAGAUCCAUUCCAUGUCACUGAUUGUGAUACCCCAAACAAACCAGAACUGCAAUGGAACAUAAAAGAGACAAUGCCAAGUAUGAAACAUAGGAGUGGUGGUCCAGAUUCAGUUGUGACAAAAGUAUAUGAGCCUAUCCCUUGUUUACCUCACAUCAGAUUGGAUAAAGAGACAACUGAUGGGACUAUCUUAGACAGUGUAAAAAGAACAAAACAACAUAUAUCACAGGAAGAGAAGGACAGUGUGAAAACAGUGGCAAUGAAAGAAAUAAUGGACUUUCGCAUUACUUUGAAGAGAGAGAAAUCGUCACGGUCACAUACAAUUAAUGGAAAGAAAUUACCUUUGCCACUCGGCAUUAGAAAGAACAAGGUGCAAGAAAGAAAAGGAAAAUCAGGUAUUAAACUGACAAACUUGUGUACUUCUUUAUCAUCUCCAUUACAUCCUAAUUUGGAUUCAACAAUUAAAGUAGAAAAUGGUAAAUCAAGAAUUCCAAGGAGCUGCCUUCCACCACUUAAGCUCCAGGCAUCAUCAAACAUCAGAAAAAUAUUUUCAGAAUCAGCUAAUACAGGUCACUUAAGCAAGAUGAUAGAAUUAAAAUGUCUGCCACAGAGGAAGAAGGAAUAUAGAGAAAAUAGAGUAGAUGUAAAUGAUAUAAUGGACCUCAUAUGCACCAUUCUAAAAGGAAAGAACUCACCUUUUAAACAGUUACUGCAUGGGAAAGAACCAAGGAAAAAGAGAAAACGAGAGAAAAUGAUGCAGAAUAAACUCUGGGAUUUCAUUCCUUCUUCAUCUAAUCUAGAAUGGGAUCCUAAAAUAAAAGAGUGUUACAUACAAGGAGUAAGAAAAUUCUGUCUUCCAACGUCAACACUUCAGGAAUUGUCAGGUGCAAUGGCAAUGUGUGAGGAGCCAACUGAUGAUAUUUUAAGCAGUAUAAAAAGAGCAAAACAUUUGUCACAGAAAGACAGGGUGGAAAUAACCUAUGAAGAAAUAAUGCAGUCCGAAAGAAUAACUUUGGGGGUGAAGCAAUCUUCAGAGUUACAGGAAUUACAAUUGAACGAUGAAGAAAAAGAGAAAAAGGUACAGGAAGAUAAACCAGAUGAGAUUCAGAGCAAAUCUUCCAUCUCUCUUCCCCCUUACACUGAAGUGGACUCAACUAUAACUGAAGUGACAAGAUAUUCUCUUCCAGAACUAUCACACCAGAAAUCUUCAGAUGUAGUGAGAGAAGCAAGUAAGGAGUCCAUUGAGAGUAAUACCACAAGUGAUACACAAAAAGUAAAAGAACAUAUGCCACAGAAAAGAGAGGAUAGAAUAAAAAUAUUAGCCAAGAAAGAUAUAGUGCAUUCAAAAGAUAAAGUUUUGGAAGGAAACAAGGCACAUUCACAGGACCAGCCAUUGAAUCCUAAAGAUGAAGAACUUGGGAAACGGGAUUAUGAUGGCAAAGACCAAGAGACAGUGGAUGGAGAAAGUAACGAACAAAGGAAAGUUGACAGAGAAGGUAAAGAACAAGAGAAAGUGGAUCUAGACCAUAAAGAGCAAAGGAAGUGGGAUCAAUGCAAUAAAGAUCAUGGAAAAGUAGGUCUAGAAGACCCAGGUCAAAGGAAAACAGAUGGAGAAGGUAAAGAACAAGAGAAAUCAGAUAGCAAAAAGCAACGGAAAGUGGAUCUAGAAAGCAAAGAACAGGAGAAAACAGAUCUAGAUAAUAAAAAGCAAGGGAAAUGGGACCAAGGUAAUAAAGAGCAGGGUAAAAUGAAUGCAGAAGACCAAAAUCAAAGGAAAACAGAUAAGGAAGGUAAAGAGCAAGCUAAAUUGGAUUACAAUGGUAAAGAUUAUGGGAAAAUGGAUCCAGAAGGCCAAAAGCAAAAGAAGACAGAUCCAGAAGGUAAAAAACAGGGAAAAGAAGAUGGAGACGUUAAAGGACAAGGGAAAAUGGGUCUACAAGCCCAAGAACAAGAGAAAACAGAUGAAGGUAAGAAGCAUGAAAAAUGGGAUAAAGAAGAUGAAGAGCAAGGGAAAAUGGCUCAAGAGAGUAAACAACAAGGAGAAAUAGAUGUACAAGGCCAAGAGCAAGAGAAAACAAAUGGAGAAUGUAAAGACCAAGAGGAAUGGGAUCCUGAUGGAGAGCAAGGGGAAGUAGAUCAAGACAGUAAAGAACAAAGAAAGAUGGAUCUGGAUAUUCAAGAGCAAAGGAAAACAAAUGGAGCAAGAAAAGAACAAGAAGAAUGUGGUCAAGACAGUGAGCAGCAAGAAGAAAUAGAUCAAGAUAGUAAAGAACAAGAGAAAAUAUAUUUGGAAGGUCAGGAGCAAGGGAAAACAAAUGGAAAAUGUGAAGAACAAGAGGAAUGGGAUCCAGAUGGUGAAGAGGAAGGGGAAAUGGAUCCAGAAGGCCAAGAUCAAGGGAAAACAGAUCCCGAGGGUAAAGAGCCAGAGAAAGCAGGUACAGAAGGUAAAAAGCAAGGAAAAACAGAUCAAGAAGGUAAAAAAGAAGAGGAUAUAGUUCUGUAUAUAUAUUUUCCUUUUGAGUCUUCUCAAACUCUUCAUGAAUUAGACAGAGAAAUAGAAGGAGAAGAAGACAUACCAGGAAAAACAAAAUCUGCUAUUUCACAACUACAGUACCAGAAAUCAUUUGGUGCAGGGAAAAUAGCAUAUAUAAAGUCAAUUGGAGAAGAUAAAACAAAUGAUAUAAAAAUGGUACAAGAGCACCAGCCACAAAAAGGAGUAGGGAGAGGAAAAGAAGUAAAUAUGAAAUAUAUAAUGUACCCUGAAAGUGGGGCUUCCAAGUCAAGUCAAUUACCACUUUCACCUGUAUCCAGUAUCACUGAGUACAGUGGCCCCCAAACUAAAGAAGAACAAACAAAUGUACAUGAAAAUCUGGGACAAGUGAAGGAAACAAAAAGUGAACUAGAUGAAGUUCUAACUUUACCUUUAUUUCACAGUAAGUUAGAUAAAGGAAUAAAAAUCAAGGAAGAGAAACAAGUAGUAACAAGAUCUUUUCUCCCACCUUCACAAAACAUAGAAUCAUCAGAUACAGAAAAAUUAAAGCACACAGUGUUGUCUUUAAAUGACAUCUCAACCAAUUCAAAAACAACAAAAUACAUGACACACGUAGAAGAGAAUAAACCAAAUAUUUUUGAGAAAACCAUAAUGCAUCCCAAGUGCAUAGCUGUGAGGGCGGAUAAGUCACACCUUACUCAUAUAAUCAAAGAAAAAGAACUGCAAGUGAAUACCAAAGAGCAAAAGAAAGAGAGAAAGGGAGGCAGUGAAGAAACAGUUCUGCUUCUGAGCAAAACUUGUCCUUUUGUCACCUCUUCAGCUCUCUCUAAAUUAGACACAUUAAAGGAAGAAGAAGAAAAAGAAGAACCAGGAAUAAUUAAAAGCUGUGUGCUACACCCUGUGCUCCAGGAAGACUUGCUUGCAAAGAAAACAGCAUCAAUGGAAUCUAUUGCUAGCCAUGUGAAGAAAAGAAAGUAUCUACCAUUGACAGAAGACAGAGUACAAACCUUAACUACAAAUGACUUGAUACACCCCAAUAGCCCAGUUUUCCAGGAGAGGACAUCUUCGCCUCCUUCUACAUUCAAUAUCAAUGAGUACAGUACUCUGAGCAAGAGAAAGGAACCACAGUGGAACAAUGAAGAAAAAGAAGAACAGAAGGAAGAAAAAACAACAGACCCUAAUGUGGUUCUGACAAAAACUGAUCCUUCUAUGCCUUCUCCAUCUCAACAUGGAUUCUCUCCUUUCCAAGUAAAGCUUCUAGUAUCAUCAAGUGCAGAAGAAAUCAGAUAUGCACGUUCAAAUAGAGGUGUUAGCUCACAUAAUAUAAUAGCAAAAGCAAAUCUACAAAGGCCAUAUGAAGAGGCAGAGGGCAUUGUAAAAAUAGAAGACACAAAAAGAAUAUUCCCUGAAAGAAUAACUUUGAGAACAGAGAUAUCUCCACCUGCACAUCUACACAAAAGAAUAAUACUUCCUUUGAGUAUUAAAGAGAAAAGGGAAAAAAUGCAAGAAGACAAAAGUGAAACAGGAAUGGUUCUGAAGAAGACUGCUUCAUUACCUUCCCCAUUUUGCCUGAAACAGGACAAUAGAGUGAAUGAAAAGGAAGGCACACUAGGAAGAACACAAUUCUGUUCUACAAUACUAACAAUUCAGAAUGUACCAGAGUUAGAUAAAAAAAGGUAUACUGACUCACUGGAGUCACUGGAUAGCAACAGAAAAGAACUGAUACAAUCCAUAACAAUGGAAGAAGAAAAAGAUAGACACAAAGUAGACAGGAAAUUCAAAAAGAUCCCCAAAUGUAUGGAUCUGAAGAUGAGAAAAUUGUCACUUUCACAUAAACUUAGUACCAAAGAGUUGCAGAGGAAAAUUCAAGAGCAAAAGAGAAAAAUGAAAGAAGAUAAAAAUGAACUAAUUACAGUUCUGGCACAUGGAAUUAAAAAAUUGUCUCUCACACAGUUUCAGCAAGAGGAAAAGGUCCAGGAAGAUAAAAGUGAGCCAGGUCUGGUGUUGACUAAUAUUCACACUGCUAGAUCUUCCCCAACUUUCCUUAACACAAAUGCCGGAAUCAAGGAAGAAAGCAGGAUAACAUCAACAAGAUCCUCUUUUUUCAUGGUAAACUUCCAGGAAACAUUAGAUUAUGAAGGUGGUACAUAUAUGAAGCCAGAUACUAGUGAUAUUUUAAUCGAUCUACAAAAUGGAAAACAUGUGCCAGGGAACAAGGAAGAGAAUGAAGCACAAAUAGGAAAGAUCACAAUGUUCCCCAAACAGCAGAAAAUAAAGGGGCAAGAAUAUAAAGAUAAACCAGGAGUGGUUCUCACCAAAUCUUCUACCUCAUUACCAUCUCUGCCUCACAUCAUAUCAGGUAAGAAAAUAGAAUUAGAUGAUGAAAUGCUAAGACUUACAAAGUCAUCUUUGCAGAGAAUAUCAAAUGGGGGAGAAGCAGUACCCACAGAGGCAAUCAAAGGUGAUAUAAUGAAAGAUGCUGAACUACAACAUAUGCUUCAGAAAGAAGAGACAGACUUUAAAGAAACAAUAAGUAGGAGAGGCACAGAUAUAAUUUUGAAGGCAAGAAAAUCACCUCCUUCCUAUAAGCUCCAUAGAACAGAACUGCACCUGGAUGUUAAAAGGCACAAGGCAAAGGAACAUGAAGGUCAAGGUGAAACACAAAGUAUAGAACUAAGAAAAACUUAUGUUUCCAAACCGAUUCCACCUCACUUUAAACAAGAUGAAAGUGUGCAAUUAGAUAAAGAAAGGAUUGGAAGUAAAAUAUCUUUUCUUCCACUAACACUUCCAGCAUUAUCGGAAGCAGAGAAGAGAGCAGCCAUAGAAGCCAUGAAUGGUGAUGUCAGAAAAGGAAAACAAUUUAUGACCCAGAAAAAAGAAGGAAGUGAAAUGAAAACAGUAGACCUGACGAUCAAGGUGUAUUGCAAAAAGGCAAGGAUUUCACUGAUUCCACAUAUCCUUAAUACAAAGGGAUUCAUGCUGAAUAUGAAGGUGCAGGAGAAAAAAGUGCACAAAGAUAAAGGUGAACCAUGUGUAUUCCUGACAAAGAAUUUCCUUUCCAUACCUUUGGCACCUCCCUUUUGUCUGGAUUCAGGGGACAAAGUAGAUGAAGAUACAGCAGAGAACAGAGGAGCCUCUUGUUCACAGGAAAAUCUCCAGGAAUCAUCAGAUGCUGAGGAAACAGCGAAUAGAGAGUCUGUUCAAAGUGCCAAUAAAAACGUUAAAGGAACAGAACAUCAUGUGCUCCAGAAGGAGGCAGAGCAACAGUGGACUUCAGACUUCAUGAUGAGUGUUCAGCAAAGGAAUGAACCUCCACAAGUUAAAUCAGAAAGAGAUUCAGACUCACAAGAUGAGAACAUUUAUUUCACGGAACUUAGUACCAUCAGAAGUUGGAAAAUGAUAGAAUUGCCUUUGAUAGGACAACAAGAUAAGCCAAAGGAAUAUAAAGAUUCUACUUUGGCUACCUUUCAUUCCUUCCCCACAAUGAACUCAAUCAAAAUUGGAAAUCUGAAGAAACAAUCUGAAAUCAUGAAUAAUUUAAACCAUAAAAUAAGCCCUAAGGCUUCAAUUUCACUGCCAAGAAAAACAUCCAAGGAAAUAUAUAUCACAUGUGGCACCCCUUUAAGGUCAAAAGGAUUUUCUGCAACAGAGACAGAUACUAGCAAACAGGAAGCAUCAUCGAAAGUGUCUCCAGAGUCUGUGGUCUUAAGUGAACUUCAUAAGCCAGAGAAAAAUGUAGAAAGUAACAAUAAAGUAAGCAAAAUGUUUUCUCCUGAAGGGUUAGAAUCACUUGAAGAAAUAAAUAUCACCAACUCCAGUACCCUUCAAAAUACAGAAGAGAAACAUACCAUGAAAAAGCAAGUAAUGGCACAGUCUAAAUUUGGGCACAAGACCAUGCCAAAAUCUACCCUUUCUCUUAAGCUACCACUUCAGAAUAGAAAGCAGGAAACACUCUUAGAAACAGAUACAGACAAGAAAGCUACAGUGUACCGCAGCCUACAAAUACUAACAGGAGAGCACAUGGAUGUCACAGCGUGUAAUGCUCAAAGAGGAAAAGAAGAUCCAGCAUCGCUUAUUCCAGAGCAAGAAAAGCGUGCUCUAGAAUUGCUUCAGAAGUUCCUUAAACCACCCUGGACUCUUUUUCAAUCUGGACACCCGGAGGAAAAGGAUGAAGCUAACACGAGCACCACUAUAAAUCUGGAACAGAAAAAACUGGAAAUGGGCAAUAACAGUGCUGUGGGUCAGGAAGAAGGGAAAUUUAAAGUAGACACGAACACAACUGUACAUCUAGAAGAAGACAAAACAGAAAUGCACGAGAACACUGUCAACCUGGAGAAGGAGAACAUAAUGGACACAAGCAGAAUUGUGAGCCUGGGUGUUCUAGCUCCAGGGGCAGAGAAAUCUCAGGUAAUCACUCACACAGAGAACAACUGCCCAGUCAAGCAAAAGCAAGAACAGGAACUAGAAUUGUCUAGUUUUGCAGAACAAAACAUUCAGGUACAAAAAUUGUCUCAAAGAAAUGUUCUGGAUUCAUUUCAUGCCCUUAUCCCUCUUUCUCUUAAAGACCAGAAGGGCUUAUUAACAAUAACAAGUCUGAAAAGAGAACUGAACCCCAAGUAUGUAACUAUGAAAAUCCAAAAGCACCCAGUUUCACAAAUUCUUGGUAUCACCGGACAUGGCACUCCAAGCAAAAGAAUAAAAUUAGAAUUUGUUGACAAAAAACCAAUCUACAUGGUUUCAUGUAGUGAAAAUAUCCCAGGAAUGUUUAUCAGAAGCCUUUCUAUUUCCAUGAGUCUGCCUCAUACUGAGGAAACUGUUGAAUCUGAGACAAACCUAGUAAGGGAAAAGAAAGACUGCCUUUCUGAAUUCCAGGAGAAGUCACCAAACACUAGUGAAAUUAUUAAGAAGGACACCUUAAUAAGAAAGAGGGAACAGAAUCUUACAAACACAGUUCCACAGGAUUCCCAACCUUUUAUGAGUGAACAACAAAUGCAAAAACUUCCUCAUGUCAAAUCAGAAGCAAACCUUAAAGGUGAAAUAAAUAAAAAAAAAUUAACUCCACAAACAAGAGAGAAGCUUGUUCCAGGGUAUAAUGACUUUAGGAUUAUAAAAAAACCUGACAUGCAUAUGACUAAACAAGAAGAAAAGAUGGCAGAAUGCAUUCUGACACCCAUAGACUGUCCAUUUUUGUUUGAUGAUCCAAUGGGAAUUUAUUCCUUGCUUCCGAAGCAAAGGAAUCAGGAUGACUCCAUAUGCAACACUACCACACAAAAGGUCCAGCAACAAGAAAUUGUUCCAAGAACCAUUCUUACACCACCUCAAGUUAAAAAUGAUGAAUUCAAAAUACCUGGAGAUGGUACAAGUGCAGAAAGUUUAUUUCUCAUUUAUGAAGCAAUUAAAAGUGUCUUUAAAUUCCAAGUAGGAAAUAUGACCCAAGACAAAGUUUUUUCUGACAAAUCAGGAAAAGUACAAGCUUAUAAACCUGAUGAGUUGAAAUCAUCACCUUUUCCAGAGGAUCUAGAUAUAUCACCAACAACAUAUUCCAGAUUGCAGCACAAACACCUUUUGAAACAUUUUACUGCUGAAGAAAAAAAUAAACUCACUAAUCAUCUACAUUCAAAAGCACUUGAAAUAAAACUGAAUUUGAUACCAGAAAUGGCAAAAAUAUCCUUACGAAAGUUUAUCUUUUAUUCAAAAGGGGAUAGUUCAGAAGAUAACAGCUGGAAGCUCUAUCCAAGACAUAAAAAAGUAGAUUUUAUGUCUUCAGAAGGGGUUGGUACUGUAGAAUUUAACUUAAAACACAAUUACCAAAAAGACUGUCCUCCUCUCAGCUCCAUGAAGACAUGGAGUCCUAAUGUUUCAAGUAGCAAGAAGGUCAUCCCAAUGUUGAAGAAUAUUAAAAUGAGAGAUAGUCAGACAUCAUUAGUGACUUCUGCUAGUGAGAUCCCAUUGACUCAUGUUCUCCAAAGCUAUUCAGUAAAAGAAAAAGAUAAACUUUUCAUGCAUCUUUCUAUUAAAACAUUGGAGAUACAAAUGAAAGCUUUUUCCAAAAUUGUAAGAGACUCUUGUGCAAUGGCCAGUGCCUCAGACAGAAUGAAACCUUCACUUAACAACUGUAUGCAUACUGUUGUCCAAGUACCAAAACAGAAAAGCAAAAUUUUAUUAUUUUUUGAGGAAAAAUCUCUUCAUGAAAUCGAUCUUGAUUUACAAUACAAACACCUCCGCUUUCACCUGGGGCUUUCUGUUGAUAGUACGUUCCCUAAGCCAAAAGCACUUCCCAAACACACUCUUAAAUUAAACACAGUUUCAGCAUGUAAAAAAAUAGAUGAUAGUGGAGAAGGUUUUACUCCUUCCCUUGAUACAGAACUGUUAGAACAACGUAUUUCUUUCAAAAAGCAAAGUCCCCAUGAAAACUCAUUACUCUUCAGAAAAUUCCUGGAGCCAAUCAGUGUGCAUGACUUUGAUCAUAAUCUAUGCAGUGUGGGGCAGAAAGACACUAGAGUUCUUUCAGAGAUAAAAUCCCACCAGACUCCAGAAGAAGACAAGCAAUGUCACGUACAGUUUCAAGAAACAAAAACAUAUAACACUUCUGAUUUAAGGACUUGGGAAAAUACCACUGAUUUACUUGAUUCACACUCAACUCAGAUUUCUGAUGAUUCCACUAAUAUUCAGAUAAAUACUGAGAGUUCUGCUAACUUGGAGGAAUAUCCAACUCUUGAAUCAGAUGGGAGUGAGGAAAGUAUGUUUUUUGAAGCCAGCCCUUUCUUAAGUCAGGUUUCACAGAACGUUCUAUUUGAAUUACAGAAAGGCAUUCCUUUGAAAAAAAUCUACAAAAUAAAAGAAGCAACUUAUUUGAAACCAUUUUACAGUUCUUGUGACUCUCACAGAAGCAGGAAAUAUAAAUCAUCCUCCAACAUGCUGUCUCCUGAGUGGGUGUGCGUUAGUUCAUCAAACACGGUGGAAAUUCAGUCUAUAUCAUCUUCCAUAUCAUUCAGUGAAGAGAAACUUUCAUGGACUUCAACAAGCACAAGUUAUUCCUCAACUUCCUCCACUGAAUCAAAUAUUAAAUUACAAUAUGGAAAAAAGAAUAGCAAGCCUCACAUGCAUUCUGAAAGCAAAGAAAGAAAGAAGGCCAAAUUUGAAUUUAGAAAGCGCAGUGUUCACUGGGAUUGUGAUUACAGUCAUGAACCCAGUAAAGAGAAACACCCAAGAAAGGAGAAAGGAGACAGGUCAGAUUGUUCCCAAAACAAACAUAGGUCAGCAUCAAAACUUCAUAGGGAGGGUAUCAACUUCCAUUCAGAAGGAAAACAAAACCAGCCCUUUUUUUAUGCCUGUAGACCAGCAGACUCACUGGAAAUUUUACCCCAAACCAUUCGCUUCACUGUUCCUCCCAAAACCUUAAAGAAGAGAAACUUCAAAGUUCCCUUGGUGGCAAAGAUUUCGGGUUCUUGGAAUAUUUGGAACUCAUCCAAAAAGUUGUUGGGGUCACUCUCAGGGCCUGUUAGUCCAGUUCAUCAAAGUUAA